AUGCCAGAGCAUUCGCCCUCACGACGGCCUCUCCACGAACGCAGCAGCUCCCACAGCAACCGCAGUGCGAAUGCCCUCAGCAGCCCUCGAGCUGCCGGUGCUAUUCGACUGGUGCCCAGCACACCACCACAGCUUUUGAGCACCAACACCAGCAUCGCCAGUCCCAGCAGUGUCACCAGCGCGAGCUCCGCCUACUCCAGCUCCAGCACUAUCGCCAACACCACCACCAGCACGGCCGAGACCGGUUCAGAUGCCACCUCCACCUCCAAUCCCAAUUGCAAUCCAAAUCCCAAAGAUCGCAGCCUUGCCGUCACCCCGAGGGAUGAGAUUUAUUCUCGGACUCCCCUACCAACUCAUCCCUCGCACAUUUUGCUGGCCCCUGCCCGGAACAAGGAUGCCGCAUUAGUCCGCGAGUUUCGAACAUCUCCCAAUGCGUCCAACAAAGCCGCUUCGAGUGGUCCGUCUGUGUCGUCUACCCUUCCUACGCAUACAACGCAUCAUCAGUCUCCUUCAAAUGGCGACCCUGAUACAGGAUCCCCAAUUUCCAAGCCCAAACCCCCGGCCAAAAAGCGCUUGCAUAUCCACAGGGACAACAAGACCUUCUCACUACUGGAGGAUGGCCAUGCCCAAUCAGUCGACGCCUCCCCUAGAUCACCGGUAUUGGCCCUCUCCCGGACAAGCUCCUUCGAUUCGCUGGCGUCGGAGGCAUAUCAUGCACGAGGCCGGUCCAAUUCUGAAGAAUCAUGCCUACCCUCCGCGGCUGCCACUCCAGCUCCCGAGGAAAAGAACACAAUACCGGCUGAUCCUAUAGCCAACUCACCCUGGAAUUAUCAGCUAGUUGGCGGCCUGCGCAAAGUUCCGAAAACUCCAGAUCUCAAGCACAAGAUAUCUGAAAGUCCUCUUCCACCCCUCCCAGAACUCUCCGACGUAGCAUCGGCCGCGUCGCCAGAACUCUUUGACAUAGCAUCUGCUGCGUCGCCGAAUCUCUCGACCAAGCCGUCCUUUCGAUCGACUGGCACUGCCACGACCACGUCGGAGAACACAAAUUACAAAGUCUAUGGCGAUAUCUCCCCAUCCAUUUCCCACUCCGCGCUUCCACAAUCUUCCCCCGCCAACUCCAACUACCAAUUAAUUGGCCCUCCUUCCGAACCUUCGACUACCUCAUCUGUUAUCUACCGGCCACAGACAGCUAUAUCGGAGGACGAGAACUACCAAUUGUGGGGAGAACCAAGUCUAGCAGAAUCUUCAGAGAACCUUGUACAGCGUCCCAAAUACUCCCAAGAAUCGUUGGUAGUGCCCCCUCUCAGACCAAGGGCGAGGAGGUCAAACGAGAACUUCGGAUACUACAAGUCUAGGUCAAGAGAGUCACUCCGCACUGGCUCGCUGACUUCCAUCUCAUCGGUCUUGUAUCAGCAGGAAGCAGCGCACGCAAUUCCUGGCAGCGGGCCGCUAAUCGCUCUUCCCAUUCUCACCCCAGCAACAGAGGAAUCGGGUGUAUGGGCCGAAACGUCAGGCACUUACCCACCGCGGGCACACAUGAACGAUCACCCGCACCAAUGGAGCUCACAGCUUUCAACUGUGGUCUCAGAAUCCGAAGGUGGGAGCCUUCGCGAUUUCAGGGAAUUGUCAUCAGAGCAUGGACGACGGAGCAGCGGGUUUCGAAGCAUAGGAAGUCGCACCAGUCGGCCAGUGCUGAGCAUUGGCUCCUCUUCAGCACUAGAAGAAGUCAGAAGCGAAUCUCUGGAAAGCCCGGAGCCGGCGGUCACCAGAGGCGGCAGGCGACAUCCCAGCAGCUCCUCAAUACCAGUUGUUGGAGAUCAAGAUGAAUACGGGGACGGGAUCACAGAUAUGCAGGACCUACGUGCGCGGCCUUCAAGAGCAUUCCUUUCGUCAGGAUAUUUCAGCUCCGCGUCCUCGGAUGAUAAUGGCCGUACGAGUACUAUGCGCUCAACUGGGAGCUCUAGAGCGAACAGUUUGUUGGCGAACUCCUUGCCUUCAUGGGCAAAGGUCUACUAUGGGAGCGGCGAAAGGCGCUACCUUGCGGCACCUGCGAGCAGUGCCGGAUCAAUUAACAGCCGUCAGAACUCAUUCCGAAGCGGGUCACCGAAUACGGACCAUUUUCCCAUAAAUCUGCACAGUCCUAGGAGGCGGCCUAGAGAGCUCCGACUAGGAGGACAUGCGACCCAAGAUUCUUUAGAAGUUAGUUCUGCGGAACAGUCAGGCGGUCCAGAGCGCCAUAUUAAUCACCCUUAUAAUUCGCGACGGUACAGGACCUGGAGCUUGUCGAGCGUAUGGUCUCCGCAUUUGCGAAUGGAUAGAAGAGCGACGGGUCAUACUAUGUGGGAUCCACCAUCAGUAAAUUGGUCUACGGAUGGUAGUUGGCACGGUAGACGAAAUGUACAGAUAGUAAUGUUUGUUAUGGGGUUUAUUUUUCCUUUUGCCUGGAUGAUUGCGGCAUGCCUACCCUUGCCAAUGAAUCCUGCGUCCGAAAUGCAAGACCAAGAUCCGGAAGGGAGCUCUAGCAACACUAAUAAUGCUCCGAAUGAUUAUGCUCGGGAAUUUGGCCCGAUGGAUAUGAAGAGAUUCGAAAAUGCGAGGUGGUGGCGGAAUCUCAAUCGAUGGAUGUCCGUGAUUGGAGUUUUUAUCAUCGCUGCAGUGGUCAUAAUUUCUAUCGUCAGCGUCAAGCAAGGCUGGAGGAAGUCUUGA